AUGGAUCGCAAGAGAAAGCACGUUUAUGCAGUCAACAAGUCAUUAGAUUCAUCACUCAAGAAGAAUACAGCCUUCAUCAAGCGCCUUCGAACCGCAAUUUCAGCUGCGACCCUUAGCACCUUCCUACAAGAGAUUCGUACCCUGAGCCUUCACAAAUAUCUCUCGGAAAUUAUAUCAGCUUGUUAUGAAGGGCUUUGCAGACUUAAGUCUCCUGGGGAGGUCGAGGCCGGCGUAGAAAUUGUCAGCGCAUUACACCAGCGUUUUGGCCCAGCAGAAUUUACAGAAUUUCUAGGAUGGUUGGUAGGAAAAGGAUUGGCUACGCCAGAAAAGUCAUUGUUGAAGAGUCUCGCAGCCGAGGCCCGAGAAAAGGAAGAAAAGGAGAGAAUUGUACGACAGAGAGUACUGUUGAGGGUUGUCACCGAGUUGUGGCUCGUGGGAGUUUUGAGAACUCUAGAUGAUGUCGCUCGACCGGAUGAUGCAUCCCACGGCAAGGAAUCAAUUUCAGGACCAUCAAGUAAGGCACCAGAUAAUAAGGCAAAACCAAACGGAGUCGGAAAGGGUGGAGGCGCUGAACCAUUUCCUCUGGAAGUUCUGAAGGAUCUUCUGGGACAUGAUAGAGAUCAUGCGAACUUGCCCUUACUGGUUAUCUUUGUGAAGGCAUUUGGCUGGGAUAUACUGGGUGUCAGAGAAGCCGGAUACGAGGGCAGGAAAACGGUUGAAGAAGACGGUGCUACGAAGACGACGAAUAAUGCCACUGAUGGUGAGGAUGGUGAGGGCGAGGACGAAAAUGGAGAUACUUCUGUGGAAGAAGCGCUACUGGUCUUGGACUCCGCCGAAGAUACCCCUCUUGCCUCACCCGAACUACAGGAGCGCUUUCGAAAUAUCCUUAAUCGCUAUUUUGAAGAUGUCAAAGCACACCUCAUCCGUGAUCAGAAGGCCAUUGGUAAACAGGCUCGCAAAGAUUCGGAGGCAUACGUCAAGUCUGGUCAAGUGUUCGAAGAUCGCCAGGCAAAUUAUGAAAAGGCAGUCAAGGCGCAAGAACGACUUAUAUCGAAUGCCCAAGUCCUCGCAGAAUCCAUCGGUGCAGAAAUGCCAGAUCUCAAAGACGCUGAUGAUCCUUCGGCCCUAGGAAAUGGAGGUGUUGGUUUAGUCAAGACUGGUGAUUACUUGAGAGGCGAGGGCGAGGGCGCAGGUAUUUGGGAGGACGAAGAUGAGCGGAGAUUCUACGAAAAUCUGGUAGAUCUCAAAGGCAAGGUCCCAGGUAUGCUCCUCGAAGAUGGCAAAAAGAAAAAACCGGAUACAGAUGAGCAAGUUGGUAAAAAGAUCGAUACAUCGGAAAUAGCUUCCGCAGAGUCCACAGCAACGAGGCCAACCGAUGAUGACCAAUCUACAGCCAUUGCCAACAAAACCAUUGGUGCCCAGGUCGAUGCAUUACUUGCUCGGCUCCCUGACCUUAUAAACAAAGACAUGAUUGACGAGGCUGCUAUUGACUUUUGUUUCUUGAACUCCAAGGCUUCUCGUAACCGUUUGAUCAAAGCUGUACAAGAGGUUCCCAAGGGCCGUAGUGAUCUUCUUCCAUCAUACUCAAGACUAGUAGCCACACUCGGAAAGUACAUGCCAGAUAUUACCAAGGGUUUGGUCGACUACCUCGAUCAAGAAUUUCGUAGUCUUCAACGCCGCAAGGAGAAGGAAUUCCUUGGCCAAGCCCGGCUAGGAAAUAUCCGCUAUCUAGCUGAGCUGACCAAAUUUGGAGUGGUUCCUGAACAUGUUAUAUUCCAUUGCUUGAAAGUCAGUCUUGACGACUUCUCACGGAUGAAUAUUGAGAUUAUAUGUAAUCUGCUUGAAAAUUGUGGUCGAUACUUACUUCGCAAUCCGGAAAUGUCCCCUCGAAUGACAUCUUUUUUGGAAACACUCAAACGCAAGAAAUCGGUACAGCAUAUUGGCCAACAGGAGCGCAUGCUAAUCGAAAAUGCCGUUUACUAUGUAGACCCACCUUUAAGAGCCGCGAUCCAGCAAAAGGAGAGAACUCCCACUGAUUUGUUCAUCCGCAAACUUGUCUACUCUGAUAUGACUACACGCAACUAUGCUAGAAUCAUCAAGUCAAUUCGGAGGCUUCACUGGGAAGAAUCAGAGGUUGUCACCAUCCUUGAAAAGGUACUCUCCAAACCUGGGAAAGUAAAGUACGGUAACAUCUAUCUAUUGGCAAUUGUCACAGGCGCCCUAUUUCGGUAUCACCAAAGUUUUGUAGUUACAGUCAUCGACAACGUCUUGGAGUACAUUAUUGUUGGUUUAGAGCAAAAUGAUUUCAAGUUCAAUCAACGUCGGAUUGCAGAAGUCAAGUACCUCGGGGAACUGUACAAUUUUCGUAUGGUUGAUCAUCCUGUAAUAUUUGAUACAAUGUACCGUAUUUUGACUUUCGGUCACGGUGGACCCCCUAUCCCUGGCCGCGUUAAUCCAUUCGAUAUGCCCGAUGACUUUUUCAGGAUUCGUCUUGUAGCAACUUUAUUAGAGACUUGCGGUGUUUUCUUUAGUCGUGGUGCGGCGGGAAAGAAGCUUGAUUACUUCUUGUCUUUUUUUCAGUACUACAUCUAUACGAAAGAUCCUUUGCCCAUGGACAUUGAAUUUAUCGUCAGUGAUAUUUAUGCUGCCACGAGACCUCAAUGGAAGCUUGCCUCGAAUAUAGAGGAAGCCAGUCGUGCUUUUCAAUUAGCUAUGGCUCAAGAUCAAAAGACUGCUGGCAUCGAGAAGGUUGUUGAACCGGAAGAGCCAGAUAGUGACGCAUCAUCGGAUGAGGGAGAUGCAGGUAUUCCAGAAGGAGAUGCUGAUGAUGCUUCCUCUGAUUCUGAAGAAGAGCUAGAGAUUGACGCCAAUGCCGACAGUCUAACAUCCCCAACAGGAAACGAAUCAGAAGAAGAAAAUUUUAGUGUCACUCGCCAGGAAGAGGAAAUCGAUCCUGAAGAUGAAGCUGACUUCGAGCGUGAGUAUGCUAAAAUGAUGGCUGAGAGUCUAGACUCCAGAAAAUUUGAACGAAAAGCAACAUUUGAUGUUCCCCUUCCCAUGAGACGCAAAGAUCGCGAAACCACAAAUUCAAACGAGUUGCCCAAGGAGUCUUCUUCAGCAAAUAGCCCCUCUGGAGGUACAAUGGCAUUCUCGCUCUUGACAAAGCGUGGUAAUCGCCAACAGACUCGUACAGUUGCCCUGCCUUCAGACUCAAAUUUCGCAAUUGCUAUGAAAUCACAACAAGCUGCCGAGCGUGAGGAACAACAACGCAUCAAGAAUCUGGUCCUAAACUAUGACCUCAAUGGUGGUGACGAACAAGAUGGUGACUCUACACUGCAACCCUUACUCCCUAACCCCAAUAUUCACACUUUCAAUCCAGGUUUCGAUAAAAGUGCCACUACAACGUUCUCCAGAUCUGAUAAAUCUGGUAGUAACCGUAGUGGGCAAAGGUCAAGAAAGUUACAGCUUAGUGACGUUGAUUGGUAUGACCCCCUAAAAGAGCCCUCUCAAUUUCACACUCCAAGAAAGACCCAAAGAGAUGAGAACAGUAAAUGCCAAAACCUUGACAAAUUGGAUGCCGAGGUUGUUUCAGUGUCAACGCCCGAAAGAAAAGUUUCAAGGCUGUAUCCAACCCUCGCUGCCGAAAGUAGGUCGAAAGGCAAAGGUUUCGCUGCAAAGGAAGAAGAUCAGCCAACGGUAAAUUCGCCAAGUACUUCCGAAAAGUUCCGUGUGAGAUAA